AUGGCGGAGGAUAUUGCAGCAUUCACCAUCGACCAAUGCAGGGCCCGCCAGAAGGUACUGCGCUUUAAGAUAACCGGAUGCUGCACCCUUAUGCGGAAGGUUAUAACCAACAAGCUUUCACGCCGUGAAGCCACGCGCCUCCUGGAUGAGGCUCGCACUCUCCUUGGUGAUUCCGGCCCGAUUAAUGACCGUUUAUUGGAGCUGUUGGAGGAGACUGAAGGAGAGCAACAACAAGAAUCAUUCCUGCGUUACGGAGGAGAUGUUGACGCAGUGGCGGACGAGGUGGCUGCUUAUAUCUCUAGCCGAGAGGGGGAUUCAGCCUCCGUCCCUGGAUGGGAUCCUACAGAUCCGGAAGUCAUCGCAGCCCGACAACGAGCCCAAGACGCCGCGAAGGUUUACGAGGAGGCUGCCAAAGCAGCCGAAGCAGCAUUGAAGGACAUGGAGGCAGCAAAACAGUCCGUUCAGGACCUAGGGGAGGAGAAAGGCUUAGAUGGAGAUCGAGAGGACGAUUUUCGGUCGAUUAUCUCCGUACCCCGCUACAAACCGGUAGCACGAGUUCAUGCUCCGAAUGAAUGGAUCACCAACUAUUGCAGUGGAAGAGAGAAGCCCUUCGUUUAUUCCGGUGAUCAUCGCCACACAUCGGUACGAGUUGAUUUGGAGGUCUACUCUGGGCGCGCUCUAGAUUGGUUCGAGUGGAUCGACCUCUUUCACUCACUCGUACACCAGACCGGCAAGGCACCGGGAGAGAAGUUGGCGAUUUUGAAGAGGAACGUACGGGGAGAGACGGCCGAUUUAGUUUACGGAUUAGGUGGAGGCGAGCUGGCCUACAAGGAAUUUCUCCGACGUUUGAAGGAGACAUGUGGCAGCCGUGCAGUUAUCCGUGCAGCACACCUUCAAGCCUUGGAUCGAGUCGAGCCUCCGACGCCCGCUACCUUCCGUAGAUUUGCCGAAAAGGUGAGGACUCACCUCUUCAAUCUCACCUGGAUCGGGGAGACCGGCCAUGCUGAUUUGAUCGAGCGGCUCACGCAGAAACUUCAGCCCCAGGAUCGGUUGCACUGGAAUGACGGCCUGCGUGGAGGAUUGGAGCAGCGCACCAUGAACGAGUUCGGCCACUGGCUAUGUACGCGAGCGGCUGCCUACCAGAAUGCUUACUCCAUUGCCGCCGAACAGCACCAGAGGAGCAACAAUCCAGCGCGGCCACCUCAGACGGGAAACAUCCCGCAUCAUCAGAAGAGGCAUUCACGGGCCCACCAGGCCUCCACCAAUCACAGGGCCGGACCGGCUCGAGGGGCUCCUGCCCCUACCCCUCGUGAAGGAACGACACCAGCAUCCAAGCCUCCAUAUUGUUUUAAAUGUGAGGGUGAGCAUCGGUUGGCUGAUUGCCAAUUCUUCAAGAAUAUGCCCGUGGCUGGACGAAUGACCUUCAUCAUGGUGCGUGGCCUGUGUUACUGUUGCUUCGGCGUACGACAUGGAGCUAGCAACUGUAGUUUCAAGAAAGAAUGCGGCAAGGACGGUUGCAAGACGUUCCACCACCUUCUGAUCCACACUGACCGGGGACUUCCGGAGAGAACGGGCACGUCACAUUCCGCCAGAGCAACGUUCGGUACCAUCGCCUUUGGGGUGAUCCACCUCGACGCCCUGAAUGCUGACGGGGAACUGGUGCCCAUUAAUGUCAUGUUGGACGCCGGGAGCAACACAACUUUCAUCCGUGAGGGAUUGGUACGUUCGCUCCGGAUUUUGGGCGAGCGACAGACACUUCGAGUUCAGGGAGUAGGUGAUGCGGCCUCAACGCAUCUUAAUUCAGAGGAAUUGUUCCUUCAGCUGAAGACGGCCUUCGGCGACAUGGUGACCCUUAAGGGCUCAACCUUAAAGACCGUGACGCAGCCAGUUCCCGUGUACAAUUGGGAGCAGCUUUGCCACCAUUAUCGACUUGGAGCCGACGACGAGCCAGCAGCUAUCAAGACCAGGCUUGGAUGGACAAUCCUUGGUGUGCUGGGAUCUGGAUCGACGACGGAGGCCCUCUGCCACCGUGCCUUUGCCUCAUCAGACGUACGCAUCACAGCGGAGCUGGUUGAACAACUACGACGGUUUUGCGACACCGAAUCAUUCGGUACCGAGUAUCAGGUUGCCGGAAUGUCCACCGAAGAUCGACGGGCAGUCGCGAGGCUGGACGCUGAGACCAAGAAGCUGGAUGUGGGUUACCAGGCCCCAAUUCUCUGGAAGGAUGAAGAGCCUCCAUUGCUGCCCGACAACCGGAGUGUAGCUGAUUCCCGUAUUCGUCCGCUUUUGAACAAAUUUGCAAGAGAUCCAGCCUAUGAGAAACACUAUCGAGAGUCGAUAACCAAGAACUUUGCCGAAGGUUAUGCAAGGCGCCUGUCUCCCAGAGAGGUCGAGGAGCGGCCAAAUCGAUAUUGGCUACCCCAUUUUGCAGUGCCCAAGGUUGCUGGCCGUCCUGAGCUGCGGUUGGUGUUUGACGCAGCUGCUAAGUACCGCGGGAGGAGCCUUAAUGAUUACGUCACACCUGGUCCAGCAAUUCAAAAUCCGCUCCCAGCUGUAAUUCUGCACUUCCGGGAAGGAGAGGUGGCGUGGUCGGCAGACAUAGGAGCCAUGUUCAGCCGGAUCCGACUAGACGACAUCGAUCGACGCUACCUUCGAUUCCUCUGGCCGGAAGAGGACGGAACAUUGACAACGUCAGACGACGCCGCCGUAGACCAGGGUGAGGCGGUAGCCGCCAUCCGGAGGUACCUCUACGUGGACGAUUACCUGGAUUCCAGCAAGACCACUGACGAGGCGCUGCGCCGGGCGACAGUAGUCAACAAGGCUCUGAGCAGUGGCGAUUUCCAUCUGAAUCAUUGGGUGAGCAACGACGCACGCCUGCUGGAGCAGCUCUCUCUACCAGAUCCAAAGGAGAGCGGCGUCAACACGGUCAACCUUGGCGCUGACGACGCCGAGAUGGUCCUUGGCGUCACCUGGAGGCCAGCCACUGAUGUUUUGGGGUUUCGUGUCCGGUUGGCAGAGAUCAACUACACCCGGGCCGGGCUCCUUUCGAAGGUUGCCGGAUUAUUCGAUCCCCUUGGCGCCGCUGCUCCAAUCACCGUUAAGGCCAAGAUACGACUACGCCACCUUGGCGUGAAAGGCCUGAAGUGGGAGGAUGUGGUGACUGGUCCAGACCAUGAAUGGUGGGAGAGUUAUUUCGAUACAAUGCAGCAGCUGAAGACGGUGGAAUUUGCCCGCUGCCUGUUUCCGGAUGAAGUCCGAAUCGUCCGGACCGAACUGGACACGUUCGUGGACGCCUCUGAGGAGGCCUGUGCAGCCGUAUGUUUUAUCCGCAAUGUUUACAGUGACCACCGAGUGAUCGUGCGCUUCAUCAAGGCCGUGACAAAGUUAGCGCCGCUGAAAACAGUGUCCGUGUGCAAGUUGGAGCUGAACGCUGGACUUCUUGGAGCGCGUUUGGCCCGUUUUGUGGAAUCUUCAUUGACCCGGAAGAUCGCAGCGCGUCGUUUCUGGACCGAUAGCAGUACGGUGCGCAACUGGGUUCGAGCGUUAUCUGGUGACUACCAGGUCUACGUGAGCAAUCGUAUCGGUGAAAUCCAGACCCUAUCGGACCCUUCAGAGUGGCGUUUCGUCCCGGGAGUCCUAAACCCAGCGGAUGCGGCGACCCGCUCUCAACUGGAUGACCGGGCAAUCCCAGCGUGGUGGUUGGACGGACCACCCUUCUUGUAUCAAGAGGAGACGGCCUGGCCGCAAGACCUCCCCUGGACCUUGGAGAAGGCGGAGAUGCGUGGGGCCCGCGCCCAUGUGAGUGAUGUCGUGUCGGAGAAGAUAGUGCCAUUCGACUGGAAGACGGUGAAGAUAGCUGCCAGCGACGUGCCUACUCUCAUCAGAUUAGAGAAUGACUAUCUCGAUCUCGUCCGACGGUGCCAGAGGGAGACCUAUCCCGAGGAGAUAAGCAGACUGGAUCGUGGAAAAGUGAUUCGCCCUACAUCAACCUUGCAGCCCUUGACCCCCUUUUUGGAUGCUGACAAGGUGUUGCGGCUUGGAGGCCGUCUCAGCAGAGCGAAUUUACCGUACGAGGUUCUCCAUCCGCCGAUUCUGAAUGGCCGACAUCUGUUAGCGCGAGCAAUCACCCGCGCCAUUCAUGAGCAGCUUCAUCAUUCCGGAACCGACAUGGUGCUUGCCCAGGUGCGACAACAUUUCUGGAUCACAGCAGGAAGAGAGGCGGUCAAGAGAGCUCGCAACGAGUGUCUGGCGUGUCGGCGUUUCCGACCAAAAGCAGUGCUACAGAUGAUGGCGGACGUUCACAGGGCCCGGCUCGGUGCUCACCACACCUCCGUCGACUAUUUUGGCCCCAUUGACAUCGCCUACCACAGAGGGACGGCCAAGCGAUGGGGCGUCCUGUUAACGUGUUUAGUGACGCGUGCCGUGUACGUCGACGUGGCGAUCUCUCUAUCAGCCAAUGAUUUCUUGCUGGUUUUGCGCCGCUUCGUUUCUAUCUACCGCAAGCCAGCUGAGAUGUUCUCCGACAACGGAACUAAUUUGACCGGGGCGGAGCGACUAUUACGUGAAGAGCUGGAGAGACUAAAGAAGAGUUCGGCGUUGGAGACGGAGCUGAAAGCUCUCGGGAUUCGAUGGUGGUUCCAGCCAGCCCAGACACCCCACUUUGGUGGAACUCACGAAUCACUGGUGCGUUCGGUCAAGCGAGCGCUCUACCCCGUGCUGGACAAGGAGUUGAACGGUCAGCGUAAUCCGAGCGAGGAGAUUUUUCGGACGCUCCUGUUUGAGGAGUCAGGACUGCUCAAUUCCCACCCACUGACUUAUGUCAGCUCAGAUGCGGACGACAUUUGGCCCUUGACGCCGAACGAUUUUUUGAAUCGCGCGCCAAUUGCGGAUCUUCCGGCGGGUGAUUUCUCUCAAGCCUUACCACGGGACCACAACCGGUACGUUCAACGGAUGGCGGACCGCUUCUGGGAGCUGUGGCAUGGAGCAUUCCUGCAGUCCAUGACCUCGCGACGCAAAUGGACAAGACCAGCCCGGAACUUAGCGGUUGGCGAUUUCGUGCUCGACGAUUGGAAGGAUGCACCGCGAGGACGCUGGCGGACCGGAAAAGUUGUGAGAACGUAUCCGGGAAAAGUUGAACUAGUUCGAGCGGUAGACGUCGAGUUUUCUACAGGGAUUAUGCGCCGUGGAGCUAAUCAACUCGCCUUAUUGGAACCAAGCUCACUCGCUCCGGAAGCCGGAUCCAGUUCGGGGGAGAAUGGUUCGGCGGAUGCUGUUUAGCUUUUGUUAAUUUUAAUGGCGCCACUUGUCCGACCACUGUUUAGCCCUAUUUCCCCCUUCCCCUGUCAAUCAAAGUCAUCUUCUUUGUGAUAUCGUCCUUUCCAAUUUUUCUGAACUGAAGUAACUCUUGCCCUGACAGGUAUUUUAAGUUGUGACCAUGUUAUUCCUAACCAAUAUUGAUUUACCAUGUCUGUGCUCCUCUUUUAGAUAAUUACUUGUAUUCGCGUUUUGAGUAUUGUGACUAAAUUGUUCUGACGUGCAGUUUCAGACGUCGUCGACACAUGCAAUUUGUGACAAGGUGGCAAUUCCCACACCUCCUCCUUUAGGUUGUGUGUGUGUUUUGUUGUAUAUGUGCAUGAGUGUGUCCAGGACGGACCACUCUUAUUUUCCAUUUCCCCAUCGAAGACUGGUCUCCAGGAUUGAUGAUGAUGGAUGCCUGAGUAUGUGUCGAUGCUCUGAUUCUGACAGUGACUUGAUGUUACACGACAGACAUUGAAUGCUUUAAAUACAGUCCACUUCUACUUGUC